GCGGCGGCGGCGCCUGGCCAAUGAAGAGGCGCGGCCCCGGGCGCCGCGCUCCGCCGCCGGCAUUUAAACGGGAGACGGCGCGAUGCCCCUCACUCGGUGCGCCCUCCGCGGACCGGGCGACCCAGUGUGCCGCAAGAGCGGUACUCUCUGUCCCGCUGACCCCACGCGGAGCCCGGGCGGCUCUGGCCGCGGCCGCACACCGCGCCACGCGUCGAGAGCGCAGGCCCCGAAGGCCCGCCGCAUUGACAGCAUGAGCCGCACAGCCUACACUGUGGGAGCCCUGCUUCUCCUCUUGGGGACCCUGUUGCCAGCUGCUGAGGGGAAAAAGAAGGGGUCCCAAGGGGCUAUCCCCCCACCAGACAAGGCCCAGCACAAUGACUCCGAGCAGACUCAGUCUCCCCAGCAGCCUGGCUCCAGGAACCGGGGGCGGGGCCAGGGGAGGGGCACUGCCAUGCCCGGAGAGGAGGUGCUGGAGUCCAGCCAGGAGGCCCUGCAUGUGACCGAGCGCAAAUACCUGAAGCGAGACUGGUGCAAAACCCAGCCGCUGAAGCAGACCAUCCACGAGGAGGGCUGCAACAGCCGCACCAUCAUCAACCGCUUCUGCUACGGCCAGUGCAACUCCUUCUACAUCCCCAGGCACAUCCGGAAGGAGGAGGGCUCCUUUCAGUCCUGCUCCUUUUGCAAGCCCAAGAAAUUCACCACCAUGAUGGUCACUCUCAACUGUCCUGAGCUCCAGCCACCCACCAAGAAGAAGAGGGUCACGCGUGUCAAGCAGUGUCGUUGCAUAUCCAUCGAUUUGGAUUAAAGCCAGGCACACCCAGCCUGUCCUUGGGAUGCAGGCCCCAGGCGGGCCCAGAGACAGACCUCAAUCAACCUGAUUCUUACUUGGCUUAAACCUAGAGGCAAGAAGGACCACCAGCUGCCUCCUCCCAGGAGCCUGCUAGUGCGUAGUUUGUGUGCCUGAGUGUUUGUGGGUGUUUGCAGACACCAGAGGAAACACAGUCUCUGCUAGAGGGCACUUCCUAGUAUGUAAAUGUAUCUGCUUCCUUGCGGGAUGACACAGAAAACCCAAGCUACUUACUACCCCAGGCACUUUGUGGGGAGGGGUUGGUGGGCAGGCUGUGGGCUGGGUCUGCCUCAGUCUUCCAUGUGCCUUCCUGGGGACCAGAUCCUCCCUUCCAAAUGAAUAUUAAUGGAGAGGCUUCUCUAGGGGCAUGAGACCUGUUUUGUGCUGGCUUGGCCUUGGAAAAGAUGUUUUACCCUGUGCUUGCUUCCCUCCUUCCUCUUCUCUCUCACAGUCCAUCCCCUCUUAGGAUCUCAGUGACUGUUUCUGUCCACCACCUUCCCUGUCAAAGGUUCUAAAGCAACUUGCUUGACUAUAGAUGCAAAUGUUUCCUAUUUGGGGAAGACCUUUCAGACUCUGGGAGAAGCUGAUGGUGCAAGGGCAAGAAGGAUAGAGGGUUGAGAGAAGAGAGAGAUUGCAGGUGAGGACCAGUUGGUCCAGCAAAAUUCAGGCGGGAGAUGGGCAGAGUGUGGAAAGGCCAACCUCCAAACACAGUGAGACCCAUGCUUUAGCAAAUUUUCCCUUGAUGUUUAAAGAAGAGAAAUAGAAUUGCCAAAAAAUCAUUAACUUUGGCAGUCACUGUGACUGAUGAAAUUAGCUGUAACUCAAUACCAAACUUAAAACAUAAAUACUGACCACUCCUAUUUUCAGAACCAAGUGAGUGAAACCAAAACAGCCCCUCCUGCUUUGCCCCUCAGAUGGACAAAAGAUGUAAUUCAGAAACUCCUACACAAGAAUAGGAAAAAGACAAAAACUUCAUAAGAAGAAGGUCUUAUUAUCUGUCCUUUUGGCUGGGUUAUCAUCACCUUUUCCCCAGUUCAUUGUUUCUGUGUGGUGCUUCUGAGAACCACAACCCUGUUAGAUAAAAACAUACUGUCUCUGCUGAGUGUACCUUACAGUGAAGGACCCGGCUGAAAUAAGAGAGUUUAGGGCCUGCUCCUUUCCACUCAUUUGGGGUCUGUCUUAGCCAUUGUUAGGAGAUUGAGCUGGAGAAGGCAAUGGCAACCCACUCCAGUGUUCUUGCCUGGAGAAUCCCAGGGAUGGGGGAGCCUGGUGGGUUGCCAUCUAUGGGGUCACACAGAGUCAGACACGACUCGGCAGCAGCAGCAGCAGCAGCAGCAGCAGCAGAGACUGAGCUGGAAAGCAGAGCAGAGUAAGGCAAGGAAGGCAAUUGCUUCUGGCUAAGGAGUAGUUAAAAGGCAGGGAGGAGAUGUAAGGCGUAUAACCUGCGUUUCUUCCUUCACCCUCUGAGGGUCUAAGGGAAACCCCAGUUAAGAAAUCAGAGCAUUUGUGUGCAUUAGCUGUCCUACUGCUGGUAGGAUUUAUGUAACAUUAUAGCCACUCGGAACCUACCGGUAGUUGCUGUUCUCUGAUUAAACUUGGGUUAUUUGCAGUGCCUAUGUAGGAUUUAUCUAAUGGCCAAAGUGCAGGGUGGGGAAACCUUCCUGCAUGUUGGAUUUGGCCAACCUGCUUUCUUCAAGCCUGAGGUUUUACAUGUAAACCACCCCACCCCCGUACUCUUUUUGCCUCGCAUCUUCUCAAUCUCACCAGCCAAGUCAUGUGUAACGUGGGAAACAAACACCAUGGACUUGCAUUUAGGUUUGUCCAUGACGGCUCUAGCGUUCAAAGAAUCAUUGCAACUAAAGAGGCUGCUUUUAUUUUAUUUUUGUUUUGGUCCAGUGCUCUCCCCACUAACAACUAAAUAGGAACCAUACUUUGAAGCAGAAAGUCAUCUUGAACACCCAAAAUAUUGAGUCUAAUUUUAAAACGUUGAAACUCACUACUGAUGAUUCUACACUAGGAGAAUUUGUGCUAACACAUAGUCUGUGCAUUUCACAUCCACGGUAGCCCCUGCCCUAAAUCCUUCUAUCGUCCACAUCCUCCAACAAUAAAGCACAGAAUAGAUUUAAUUAAGCAUGCAAAUACUAAGCUAGAAUUUUGAGAGUGGGAGAGAAGAAAGGAGGAGGAGCUGAAAAUAUACAACCACACUAGAGAGGAAAAAUGACAUUCAGAACCAGCAGACACCAAAUCUCUCUUGUUGUUUUAACUGCCACAAGCUUGCAAUUUUGUUAAAGAGAUGACUUAAGUUGGCAGCAGGAAUCUUCUUUUAGUAGCUUGGUCCACAGUUUUGCAUGUAAGUUGGAGUUGGCUUAAGUGAAGAGAAUUUGCUCAAAAUGAACUUCGCUGUGAUAAUAAGCAACAUAAUUGCCCUAAAAGCACAGCACUACCCAAAGAAGGGGAUGUCUGCUUUUCUUUUUGUGGCUAUAUUAAAACUAGCCCAAGUCCCAUGCAUCUUCAAACAUUUAUUGAAAGUGCCAUAUCUGUUAAUAUUGUAUUGGAAUCACUGAUGAUGUAAUGAUAUGUUUUUUUCAUUACUAUAGUAGAAUUUUUAUGGCAAGAUAUUUGUGAUCUAGAUCUUUCCUAUUAAAAUAAUGCCAAACACCAAAUAUGAAUUUUAUGAUGUACACUUUGUGCUUGGCAUUAAAAUAGAAAAACACACAUCCUGCGUCUGUAAGUUGUGUUUUGUUAUUAUAGUUCUGCAAAGUUAAAAAUGUAAGCGAAUAAUCUGGAGGAAAGGAUAAUUUCCACUGUGUGGAAUGUGAAUAGUUAAACAGAAAGUUAUGGUUAUUUAAUGUAAUUAUUAACUCAAAUCCUUUGGUCACUGUGAUUUCAAGCAUGGUUUUUUUUUUCUCCUUUAUAUGACUUCCUCUGAGUUGAGCAAAGAAGAAGCUGGCACAUUGUAUGUUGUUGGAGGUUUUUAUCAGGUCAGAGGGAAACAAUAAAAUCUUGACACAUCUGAACUUGCUUAUAGAGUCAAGACCUGAGCUUUUAUUUUUAUAACUGAAUGUUCCUUAAAGGUUAACAUUUCUGAGGCAUCCUAAGAGAGAUCUUAAAUGUUAUUUUGGAAGAAUUAAAUGUGCGUAUACUAAUAGCAAAUAAUAAUGAAUUGUCCACAAGUCCUUUUAUGGAGAAAAUCUAAAACAAAAAAUGUAUGUACAGAACAUUUAUAAAUGACAAGUUAAAGCUAAAGAGUGAAAGUAGUUCUACUGAUUUGUCAUUCUCAAUAUAUUUAAUAUCAACUGCAUUAUGUAUUAUGUCUGCUUUAAUCAUUUGAAAAACAGAGAAUUAUGAAGACUAUGAUCAAGGUCCUUUGCUGUCUAUGAGGAUAAGGGGGGAUUUAGUAGUCUCAUAAAAGCUAAUUUGGUUGAAAGCAAAGUUUUAUGAAUCUGUAACUAGAAUUUAACUUCACCCCAAUAAUGUUAUAUAUAACCUUUCCCAAAGAACAACCAAUAAAUUGAACCUGUUCUCUGUUUGUGUGUGUGUUUCACUGGUAGUGUUCACAGGAUAGAGCUGGGGCAGGGAUUCAUUUGUCAUGGGAAGUGAGGUAGAAAAUAGAUCAUGAAAUCUCUUGUGAUAUGAAAAGGAAUUUAUUUCCUCCAUUCACACUUUCCAGAUCUCACUGGAUUUCAGGACACCUCAGGCAAUGGCAGUUGGAGGUAGGGGAAAGCUGGUGAGCAGAAGAAAGUACCAACCUCUUCCCCAGAGCUAGAAAGAAGAGUUAAAAUGCUUCUGAGAAGCCUUCAGAUAGUGGAAGAAUCGUCGCACUGAAAUGGUAAUAGCUUUAUUCUUGAGGUAUUCAAGGGAAAACGGGGAGAAAGAUUUGGGGCUCAGUAGAGAAGAAGGAGCUUUCUAAUGAUGAGAGUGAUUCAGCAAUGCAAUGAGCUAUCUUUGAGAUAGUCAACUCCCUUGGAAAUAUUAAAACAUAUGCUUGAUAUCAUUUGAUAGGGAUUUGAGCCAUUGUGAGUUAUUGCCCGGGUUAUGCAACUGAAUGAGUGGAUUUCUGAGGUUCCUUCCUACUUAGGUGUGCAAUACAGGAUUGCUGCUACGUUUUGGUGCUCUAACAGUGAUAAGGAAAAUGCCUGUGCCAGACACUGUCAAGGAUUUUAUUUUAAUUAUUUUCCACUUAAUUUUCAUAGUGACUCAACAAGGUGUGUACCAUUAUGAUCGCUGCUAGGAAAUAGUGAAUUCUUGUCUUACUGUAUACAGCACCUGUGCUCUUAAACACUAUGGAAAGCUGUGAGAUUUUUCAACUUACCAGUUUGUUCUUUUAAGGAUAGAGUGCAGCAGUUUAAAAACUGAUCCAGUCUUGACUAUUUGCAUCUAAUGAUCAAGGCCACCCUGAAAUUGUAUUGGCAUCAUCAUCCUGAUGGCAUCAUCAGGAACUCCUGUUCUGAAGCAUUCAAAGUCUCUUUGCCACCUCUUUUUGUCAUGGCCUCCUUGGACUUAGAGGGGAAAAAAAGUGGCAAGUCCCCAAAAGACAGUGUCCUCAGAAAAAUCACAUGUACACCUAGGAGAUAAUAUGUGGACAGGGUUUGAAAAGGUAGUGGGACUGGAAAGAGAAAUACAUUCUAGGUUUCAAAAAAGUAUGUAAUAGGACAUCAGCAAAAAUGUUGGAGUGAGAGGCAUUGAAAAUUCUUUCCUCCAUAAAAUCUUUGGAUGUCUGCAAAAAUAGAAGCAGAUAGUUAGAGCUCUGGAAAUUUACCUGAAGACUUGCAGCAGUCUGAGGAGUGCUUAUUGAAGAGAAAGGCUGAAUAUCUGUAACAAUAGUGAGCCUUGUCAUACUGUAACUUGCCCUAUUCUCAUCUCCCUCUCCAGUUCCAUAGAAGUCUCGAAACCAACAGCCUGCAAUUAUGAUAAGCACCAGCAGUCUGACAGUCACUGGGAGAGGUAGAAUGGGAUUUGAGUUCUUUGAAAGCCAAAUACCCAGAGAAUUGUAAUUAUUUGACCUGUCUGUCAGGCCCUGGAGGCCCCACUUGCAAAGGUAUCUUUACUUGACCUAAUUGGAAACUGCCUAGUGUGAAAAGCCCUGUUGAAAACAAUUAGAAGCAAUUGAUUAUUUUUGUGGCCGCCUGAGGCAGUGGAUAGCAAUUGGGGCUCACAAUAGGUUAAACAAAAAACCUAAAAAGGAGACUGCAGAAUGACAUUUUGGGGGGCUUUGAAAAGCUUCAACAUAUUACUGGGAAUCUAAAAAGCCAAAUCAUGUAUAGGGCUGUGUGCCUGCCCAAGGCUGGGAACAAGCUCAGGAAGAAUCUGAGCAGGCCAUAAGGUCUUAGGCUGACCCUGAGGCUCUGCACAGGCAGAAAGCCAAGUCAGGGCUGUCAGUUGCCUGGCUGAGGGUUGAAGGUGUGCCCCAGUGUUCACCCAGAGCCCCUCUGCAAAGGCUGGAAGACUUAUUUGUUCCAAGUAUUUGAGGAAAUUACUGUUCAGCUAUUAGCCAAGCAGAGGCUUUAGUGGUCUUUAGUGGCCAUACACAACACAAAAUACAGAUUUUACACAAUUAACUUGGAAAAGUUUCUAAAGAAUGAAAUAAAUAUUAAAAAACAGCAGCAAUAACAAAUCCUGGGGGGAGAGAGACUGAUUUCAAAAGUCACCACAUCAUAUUAUUUAAAAUGCCCACUUUUCAACAGAAAAUUGAAACAUAGGAAAACAAAAUAAAAGCCAAGAAAGUAUGGCCCAUACAUAAGAAAAGAAAGAAAGAAAGAAACAGUCCCCUAGAAAGCUCAGACCUUAAACAAAAGCUUCGUCAACUUUUUAAAUGUGUUCAAGAACUGAGAAAAACCAUUUCUAAAGAAUCUAAGGAAAAUAGAAUGAAAUCUCACUAAAUUUGUAAUGUCAGUAAAGAGAUAGAAGUUAUUGUAAAAAAUAGAAAUUUUGAAGCUGAAAAGUAUUAUAAGUAAAAUAAAAAUUUUACUAGAGGGGCUGUACAGCAGAUUUGAGCCGGGAAAAGAAAAUUAAGAAACCUUUACCUAGACUGAUAUGAGAGAAACACUACUAAAUCCAGGAAAAGAGGGAACAGUACUAUGAAACUUACAGAAAUAGAAAGGACUAUAAGAGACUACCAUGAACAAUUGUAUGCCAACCAAUUAGAUAACUGAGGAAAUGGACAAAUUUCUAAUAUAAGAAAGUCUGAUUCCAUUUUUUUGAUGUUUGACUACUGAAAUCUUUUAAGCCUCACUCCUCUCUCUUCCCCUUAUGCCCCAACAUCUGAUAAAGCUGAUAGGAAAGCCCAGGUUCUCUUUAAUUUGCCUCUGAUGAGAUGAUUAAACUCAACAAGGGCCCAUCUCCUCCAGGUGGGAGCUGUCAUCCCAGCAUCAUUCUCUAACCACCAUAAAAACUCCAGGUCAGCUUCCUUCUCCUCUCUCUCAAGCCAUUUAUCAGACCAGGUUGGGAAGCCUGCCCUGUUCUCUACAGAAAGCCUCUUUAUAAUCCUCUGUGAACUUCUCUGCGAAGAAAGGACAAGCCAUGCAAGGACUCAGUGAGGUGAGGAAUAAGAAAACAUCAAAUGCUCAUUUUCUCUGCCUUCUGAGACUGCAGCUUACCUUUGCAGCGUGGGAGCAGAGUCCCAGAGAAUCCCCUUUGUGUAGCACAUCCGUCUGAUUUUCCAGGCCAUCUUCAAUCAAUUCCUUGGAUAUCAG